CAAGCAACUCAAGCCAAAACCAAGCCCAAUUUCUGUCGUCUUUUCCUGAGUUUGGCAUGUCUGGACACCACAGCCCCACACUGGAAGCAUGUGGUGUCUCCCCAGUAUGCCUGGGACAUGCACUGUGUGUCCAUCUGCAUGAGAGAGCAAAACGUGCUGACCCACCUGGCAGAGGGUUUGGAGGGGACUGUAGGUCGGGGGUAAAACCAGGAUUUCAUGGGAGCUAUUUAUUGUUAUCAUCACUGAUAAUUUUGAGGCUCUCAAAAGCAGAUGAGAGACAAGAAAUUGGUGCAAUAAAAGAUGUUACCUCACCCACCUUGUUUCUCUAAUAUCCUGGAACCUACAUGGCUACAUCCACAUUGCAGGAAACACAGAGGAAGGUGCGGUCUCUUGAGGAAGCCAAUGGGCAGCUGGAGCAGCAGAUCCGGGAAGUCUGUGCAAAGAGAGCGCUGGCUGGAUGCCAGGACCUGAGUGGCUACUUCAGCACCAUUGCGGAGCUCAGAUCACAGCUCCAGGCAGCAUCAACGAGCAACGCCCAGCUGAUCCUGCAGAUUGAUAACGCCACCCUAGCUGCUGAUGACUUCAGACUGAAGUUUGAGUCGGAGCUGGCCAUCCGGCGGGGCGGGGAGAGCAACAUCACCGCCUUGCGCAAGGUCCUGGACGAGCUGACCCUGAGCAAAGCCAGCCUGCCGGAGGAGCUGGAAAGCCUGGAGGAGGAGCUGGCUCAACUCCAGAAGAACCAUGGGGAGGAAACGGCUGCUCUCCGAGGUCACCUGGGAGGCUCGGUCAGUGUGGAGGUGGAUUCUGCUCCCGGUGUCGACCUGGUGAAAACCCUGGCAGAGAUCCGGGACCAAUACGAGGACGUCAUUGAGAGGAACCACAGAGAGGCUGUGGCCUGGCACAAGGAGCAGUGUGAGAUGGUCGCCCAGGAGGUGGCCACCAGCGCAGAGGCCACCCAGGGAGCCAGGACGAAGCUCACGGAGCUGAGGCGCGUAGUCCAGGGCCUGGAGAUUGAGCUGCAGUCACUCCACAGCAUGAAAGAGGCUCUCGAGGGCACACUGGCUGAGACCCAGGCUGGCUAUGGGGGCAAGCUGACGCAGCUGAGGGGACGUGGUGCUAGGAAGGAGGCUGAGCUGGUGCAGCUGAGAACUGACGCCCAACGCCAGGCUGAAGAGCACCAGCAGCUGCUGGAUCUGAAGACCAGGCUGGAGAUGGAAAUUGCCACCUACCGGUGCCUCCUGGAGGGUGACGAUGUCAGAUCUGACGCCAAGUCACCUGGGAGACAGACACCCCCAGAGGCUGUUAACAGCUCCCCCACCUCCAGGAGGGUAAAGACCAUGAUGGAGAAGCUGCUGGAUGGCACGGUGGUGUCUUCCCACCCGGAGGAGGUGGAGCAGCCCCUCUGAGGCAUCCUGGGAUUGGGGAAGAAAGGGGGAUCCCUCCCCACCAAUUGGGUCCCAGCUGCCCCUGCCCCACUGAUUUUGCGUUUGGUUUUCUGUGGCUUUGGGUUCCAAUAAAGCAAGUGGUGCA